AUGGCAGUAGAACAGCUAAAAAGUAAAUAUUUCCCAGUGAAAAAUUGUUUCAUUUAUCUCCCGAACUCUUGGUCAAAGAAGCUGACAAAGGUCAAUGCAAUAGAAAUAACAAUUGACAAUGGUGAAAAGAAAAGUUAUUAUUUUUCUCACGCUCAUUCUCAGACUAAUUUUAAUGAUCAAUUUUUAUGCAUAAAUGCAAGUUUUGCUCAAUCGCUGAACAUUGGUGAGAACAAUAAUCUACUAGUUAAUUUAAUAAGCGAUUCAGUGCCGGUUUUAACGUCAAUAAUCGUUUUGCCGAAAAACAAAGACGACUAUGAAAUAGUUUCAUUACGUGCCGGUAAAAUCCAAGAGUUGAUCCUCCAGCAGAUAAGCAUAGUAGCGAUUAACCAAUCAUUUGUUAUUUGGCUGUCCAAAAACUUGCAUGUUACGUUAAUUGUUGAUAAAAUAACGCCGCAUUAUCAUUACGGCAAAUUGCAACAAUUUACAGAGGUACAUGUCUCAAAUUAUGAAACUAAACCUACAUCAAGAAGUUCGAACCGUAAUUAUUCCCAAACUAAUAACUUAUCGACUGAAGUUGGGGCCAAUGAAGUAGAAACUUUUCUAUCAAAUUACGAGGUUAAAAAAUUGCCGCCACUGUUCCGUGCUUGUAUAGUCGAAAGCGCUGAAACUUUCAGCGAUCAAAUUCAUAGCAACCUUGUUGUUUUCAUCAGUCUGUCGCAAUCGAUAAAAUGGUUCUCAAUUGGUCAAGAAAAGUACUUUUUUUGUCUUCUGAAGAAAGUUCCAUCAAUUAGUGACAAAGAAAACACUCAUCCAAGCGAUGUCACGAACAAAAUAGUCAAAAUGGUGAUCAGCGAUUAUGUACAAACGAAUUUUGAGGCGAUAGAUAAUGACAGUGUCUUUCUUACCGAAUAUGUUGCGGAACAAUUCAAAUUACAGUUGGGUAGCAAGAUUGUUCUGACUAAAUGCGAUAUUGAGCAGAGCAAGCCAUGUGACAUUGACUUGGUUCCAAUAAACAAAAAUGACAUAACAAUAGAAGCUUUUGAGAACUACAUUAAACAAUAUGAAGAAAUUUUGAUAAACAAUCAGAGCAAAAUUUUGGCGUGUGGUAUUACUUUUCUUGUAAAAUUAAUGGUUCCAUAUAUUCUGCUAGGGAAGAAUACGGUUAAAGAUUUUAAUAUUGUUAUUAAAGAUGUUGUAGAAGAACCUGAAAAGAAGAAAACAAAGGUCGAACGAAAAAAAUUGAUAAAUUUCAGAACAAUGGAAACAAUAAUGGAAGAAUGCAGAACAAUUUGCUGGAUACUUUUGAAAUCUUACUCGACAAAACGAUUUCAAUACAAUAGGCAGAAUAUUUUGAUCGCUGGUGGAACAGGAACUGGAAAAACGUCAAUUUGUGAAACAAUGCUGGAACAAUUAUCACAGUCGCCGUAUUACUUUUAUACGAAAACGAUAGAUUGCAAGAAACUGAAAAGCAAGAAAGUUGAGGCUAUUAGUAAAGUUUUGAAACAAGCAAUAAAUGAUUGUUCGUAUCAUCAACCGUCGAUAUUAUUUUUAGACAAUCUCGAUUGUAUCACGAACAAUAAAGUGUCGGGUAAUGAAGAAAAUUCGGCGGAUUCGAUAAACGCAACAAGAAUUGCUGAUACGUUGAUGAAAAUUGUUUCGAUUUAUCAAGCAACGAAUUGCAUAACUUUGAUGGCGACUUGUUUGAAUAUCGAGCGGCUGGGAACUAAAUUGAAAACAAAACGCGGAUUGAAUUUGUUUACGCGUCUGUUUAAAUUGGAUUGUCCAACGAAAAAUGAACGGUGUGAAAUAAUGGAAGCUGGAGCCAAUGCCAAAGAAUUUUCUUUGAGUUCUGAUAUCCGGUGGGAUUAUUUUGCUGACAAAACAGAGAGUUUUGUUAUGCAAGAUUUUGUGGAUUUUAUAGAAAAAGCUUGUUACAACGCUUGGAAACGUAACGUCAACAGUGAAAUUAAUAGUCCUGGAAAAAUAAUUUUGACAAAUGAUGAUUUGAUGAGCACAUUCGAAAGGUUUAAUUCAAUUGCUUCGCAUGCGUUACCAUUAUUUAGCGGCAGUGGUCACGGUUGGUCAGACAUUGGUGGCUUAAAAGACAUCAAAGAUUGUUUGGUAGAACUGCUCCAAUGGCCGUUAAUUUAUACAGAGUUGUACAAAAAUGCCCCAAUAAGACUACAAAGUGGGGUAUUGUUGUAUGGAAUGCCCGGGACUGGUAAAACUAUGAUUGCUGGUGCUAUUGCAAAAGAAUGCGGGCUGAACUUCAUAAAUAUCAAGGGUCCCGAAUUGUUAUCUAAAUAUAUUGGAGCCAGUGAAGAAGCUGUGAGAGAAAUUUUUCAAAAAGCGCAACGAGCUAAGCCAUGUGUACUUUUCUUCGACGAAUUCGAUAGCUUAGCACCCAGACGAGGACACGACUCGACUGGUGUAACAGAUCGUGUUGUGAAUCAAUUAUUGACAGAAUUCGAUGGCGUGGAAGGAAGAGAAGGGGUUGCAAUUGUCGCGGCAUCUUCACGACCGGAUUUGCUAGAUCCUGCUUUAUUACGUCCUGGUCGAUUAGACAAAGCGCUAUUGUGUCCAUUACCGCAAGAAAGCGACCGAGAAGAAAUUUUGAAAGUUUUGUGCAAGCAACACAAUUUGACUGCUGAAGAUUUUGAUUUGAAAGCACUGGCAAAAAUGACCGAAAAUUUCACUGGGGCCGAUUUGAAUGCUGUUUUUGUCCAAGCGAGAAUGAACGCUAUUGAUGAAAGUUAUGCAGAAAUGACUAUAGAUAAGAGCCAGAAAAGUUUGAUAAAAAAACAGCGUGUAAUAACUCAUGAUUGUCUUCUUAAAUCUCUGGAAUCUACUCAGCCUUCUUUAACGGAAAAAGAAAUAAUGAAGUUUAAUUCAAUAUACCGCAAAUUUUCCAACGGCGAUAAUUUUAGCGAAGAAAUUGUGAAAAAUCAAAAGUUAACUCUGGCGUAG